AUGUCGGAACUAGAAUCGCAGAUUAAAAAGAAGGCGCCUAAGCCGUUUUCGAUAGAAUCUCUGAUCGGUGAUAGGAAGUCGCCAGAAAUCGAUAUUGAAAAUAGCAAUACAGAUAAUAGAAAUUCAGAAGAUGAAGAGAAUGAGAGAGUGGAUGGGUUGAAUCGAAUGAGAUAUUAUUUGAACACGCCAUUCUUACAACAAAACAAUUUUCCAUUCUUAUUGGGUUAUCCUGAACCAUUUUUGAGGAUGUUCGGACAGCCUCCAGUACAGACGAAUAGCGAAAAAAAAAGAGAAAGUCCAGUUAGUGUUGGCAGUGAGAUGGAGAGUGAUGGAGGAGAAGAUAACACACAAGGUAACGAAUCAGAAGCAGAUCAAGAAGAUGACACGCCGAGAGAGAAUAAAGCAAGAAGGAGAAGAACUGCCUUCACAUCGGAGCAGCUCCUGGAACUAGAAAGGGAGUUCCAUGCCAAGAAAUACUUGAGUCUCACUGAAAGAUCACAAAUUGCAUCUGCAUUGAAAUUGAGUGAAGUACAGGUAAAAAUCUGGUUUCAAAAUCGUCGUGCUAAAUGGAAACGUGUAAAAGCAGGAUUAGCAUCCGGCAGCCAUAGCAGUAAAACGUCUGGAACAAAAAUCGUAGUGCCCAUUCCUGUACACGUAAAUCGAUUUGCCGUUCGAACACAACAUCAUCAGAUGGAAAAACAGAAUUUACAAUAUCGUUUAGACCGAACUCAACCUUUAUCGGGAAGUUUAUUGCAAUCGCAAACAUCAGCUUUUCUGUCGGCAUCGAAAAUCGAUAAUCGACAAGAUUCGAUAUCGUUGGGCAGCACUAUCUACGACGCGCGAAUGAUGGCUCGCUUUCAAAAUGGCCGACACAGU